AGUUCACUUUAUCACAAAGCCGCCGUAGCUGAUAUUAGAAGCAUUUGCGUUGGUAUUACUCUUGACGUUUGUUCCUUCUACUCGUAUUGGAAAGUGAAACUAGAUGUUUUUGUGCAUCCGUUCUAAGGCAAAAGGACUAAAAGGGUCAAAUGCAAAAUGGCUGCGGAUCACCAUAUGUGCAUUAUAAUGUUAGGAGAAAUGAGUGUUGGUAAAACUUCUUUAAUGUUGCGCUUCUGCAAAAAUAUUUUUAGAGAAGAGCACAAAAGUACACUAAUAGUAGACAACUUCAGUAAAACAAUUAUUCUAAAGGAUAUACCAAUAGAUCUUUAUCUUUGGGACACAGCUGGACAAGAACGAUACAAAGCAAUAAUCAAAGAAUAUUACAGAAAAGCCGAUGGUGUCCUUUUAGUGUAUGAUAUGACAAAUCACGCAUCGUUCAUGGAACUCCCGAGUUGGUUACGAUAUAUAAGGGAGCAGAAUGAAGACGCUACGGUAUUCAUAGUUGGGAAUAAAGCUGACCUCCGGCAUCUAAACCAAGUAUCUGGUACCACAGCUGAAAAUUUUGCGCGAGAGGAGGGACUGGAAUUUCAUGAAACAAGCGCUAAGAACAACGAAAACGUAGAUGACGUUUUUGAGAAGUUAGCAUUGAAAGUCUUGGAAAGAAAGCGAAUUCCACCAUUUUACAACGAAAUACAAAAUGGUGAUAUCGAAGCAACAAAUUUAGACAAUACGGUUACUGAGACCAGUGCGCAGCCAGCUGAAAUGAGUUUACCACCAAUACUUCGCCUUGAAAAUGAAUUUAGAAGUGAUGAUCAAGUGAUAAAACUAUCCAUCGAAAAGCCAAGGAAAGAACCAAAACCAAAGAAAAGUUGCUGCUAACAAACACGAAAAUAAUUCUAUGGUAGUAUUAUACAUCAAAUAACAUGAAAGCCAGGUUUUAUAAAGUCUUUGGCGAUAAUUGUGUUUAAUAACAGUGAAAAUUGAAACUCUACUUAUUGUUAUCCGACUACAAAGAGACUGUUACAUCAAAUGCAUUUUUGAUUGCCAUAUCUAUGUUCAUAUGUAUAGAACACUUAACAAAAUGAAGAACAAAUUCAUACAGAGAUAGAAUUUCAAUAGAAUGAGUCGAAAUAAAUUAAAUUUGUUUUCAUGUCACUACACUAUGGAGAAGUUGAGAAUUGAUGAAAAAUAAAAAUAGUAAAAAAAUUAAUAUAUAUUCUUCGCUCCCGUAAGGGUCUUAAAGGUCAUAAAAAACAGUCAAAAAUUAAUUAUUUUUACUUAAUGCGAAUUUUUAAUUUCUUUCUAUCUAUUUCUCUCAAUCUUAAUAUUGAUAUUUGAAGUGUAAUAAUAUUUUUCUUUCAUCAAAAUCAAUCUAUAACUUUUAUCAGCCACUCCCUUUCAUCGAAGUUGAGAAAAAGUAUGUAAAAAGGCUUCAGUAUAGAAAUUUUAGUUCCAAAUACCUCUUUAGUCUUCACUCAGCAACUCUCAAAGCAUUAAAACAGUUCAAAAACAUUUUUACUGCAAAUCUUGAUGCUCAGCUUUCAAUUUUUUAAUUUGUAGCUCUCAUAUGUAUCUGGAUGGUUGACUCCUUUAAAUAAGAAAUAAUCAUCUGAGCUGUGAUAUUUCAUAGGGUACAGAAUAAUCUAUCUGUACUCUAUGAAUAGAUAAAUGAAUCUAUCUUUCUGUACUCUAUGAAUAGAUAAAAAAAGGGCAUCAAUUAGAUGUCUUCUUUUUUAUGUAUUGUAUUAUUACUAAAUGAAAAAAAAUUGCCAACCUUUGAAAACUGUGUUUAUUUUGUAAUAAUUCUUCUAAUAUAAAUUUG